AUAAUAGGCCUAUAAGGGUGGUGUUAAGGUUGUGCGUGGCACGGCUAUAGCCUGGUUUCUGUUAUCUUAUCAAUUAUUUUUCUAAAUGAAGAAAGAAACAAUCUUUUUACUAUUUGUAAUAGCAACGUUUAUUUCCUAUUCAUCUUGUAAACCUGAUGCAGAUCUACUCCUCGUUACAAUAGCGUCGGAGAGAACGGAUGGUUUCGAAAGAUGGAGGCGAUCGGCUGAACAUAAUGGAUUUACGAAUAUAAGAGUUUUAGGCUUGGGCGAAGAAUGGAGAGGAGGAAGCAUGCUAUCAAUAGGAGGUGGCUACAAAGUUAACUUGCUGAAAAAAGGUUUAAAAGAUAUAAAGGAUAGAGAAGACUUACUUGUAUUAUUUACAGACAGCUACGAUGUUAUUUUUACAAAUGAUAAAUCAAAAUUGUUAAACUCAUAUUCAAAGAAGAAAUGUAAUGUUCUCUUCUCAGCCGAGGAUUACUGUUGGCCAGAUAAAUCUCUUUCUUCCAGCUAUCCAAUUGUUUCUAAAGAUGAGAGUCGUUAUCUAAACUCUGGCGGAUUUAUUGGUCCGGCUAAAGAUAUUUAUAGUAUUAUCAAUCAAGCAGAUAUAGCUGAUGACGACGACGAUCAACUUUAUUAUACGAAAAUAUUUUUAAAUCCAAGCUUACGAGUAAACAAGCUAAAAGAAGAGGGCGGGGGUGAGGAGAGAGAGAGACACAGGGAGGGAGGGGGAGAGGAAUGCGGAGAUCACACAAAAUAUGGUUUGUGCUUGGAUACUAGAAGCGAACUCUUUCAAAAUCUCCAUGGUGCUCUUGAGAAUGUCGGUAUACGUUUCAAAGAUUCUUCCUCCUAUUUAUAUAAUUAUAGAACUGGAUACGCUCCAACUGUAAUUCAUGGAAAUGGUCCAAUUAAAUUGAAAUUUAAUUCACUUGCUAAUUAUUUAAGUGAUGAAUGGACUCCGUCGACAGGCUGGAGAAAUUGGGAAACUUUUACCAAUUUGGAAAACUCUCGAGAUUCUGAUUUACCUACUGUUUUAAUGGCUUUAUACUUUUAUAGAAGUUCCGCUUUUAUUGAGGAAUUUUUCGAUUAUAUAUCUCGGAUAGAUUAUCCUAAAUCUAAUAUCUUUUUAUACAUUCACGUAAAUGUCGAUUAUCACGUUCAGCACGUUGAUGAAUUUAUUGGGAAAUAUGGAAAAAGUUACGCAACUAAUAUUGUUUUUAAACCAUCGUCCAAUUUGUUAGAAGGUCAUGGACGAAAUAAAGCGUUAGACGAAUGCUUAAGACUAAACUGCAGAUAUUAUUUUGCUGUUGAUUCCGAUUCUCAUUUAUCAAAUCCAAAAAUUUUAAAAGAUCUAAUUUCAUUAAAUAAAUCCGUUUCCGCUCCAAUGAUGACUAGGGACGGAAAAAUAUGGAGCAAUUUCUGGGGUGGAUUGAACGAUCAAGGUUUUUACGCCAGAUCCGAUGACUAUAUCUCUAUAGUUACAAAGGAAAAACAAGGAGUUUGGAAUGUUCCAUUUAUAUCCGAUGUCUAUUUAGUUCAAAGUUCUGUUAUUAAUAAGAAGAGCGCAAAAUAUUUGUACGUGAAGGAGGAUUUCGACGCCGAUAUGGCAUUUUGCGCGAAUCUUCGAGAUCUUGGCAUUCAUAUGUACGUUGAUAACAGAGAAAGUUACGGUUAUCUCAUUAAUUCUGACAAGUUUAAGACAGAUCUAUUGCACGGCGAUUUAAUCGUAAUGUCCGAUAAUAGAAAUGUGUGGACAAAUAGAUAUAUACAUCCUAAAUAUUGGAAGGCAUUAAACAACGGAGAAUUUAUCGAAGAGCCUUGUAACGAUGUUUACUGGAUUCCUUUUAUGACCGAUCGCUAUUGUAAAGAGUUAAUAGAGAGAGCUGAAAGUUUUGGCAAAUGGUCUGGAGGUGGUCAUCAACCAUCCGUCGAUCCGCGUCUCGGAGGAGGCUACGAAAACGUCCCUACAGUCGAUAUACAUAUGAAUCAGAUUGAUCUUGAAGAGCAAUGGUUGUAUUUUUUGAGAGAAUUCGUUGGACCUAUUAAUAAUAAAAUUUUUACUGGCUACUAUACCGAUGCAAGGGCACAUAUGAAUUUUAUUGUUAGAUAUAAACCAAACGAACAAAACCGUUUAAAACCUCAUCACGAUAGUUCAACCUUUACUAUAAAUAUUGCUCUUAAUACACCUGGUAUAGACUACGAAGGUGGUGGAACGAGAUUUGUUAGAUAUAAUUGUAAUAUAACGGCUUCGAGAAAAGGAUGGGUUAUAAUGCACCCUGGUAGAUUGACGCACUAUCACGAAGGUUUACCAACAACAAAUGGUACCCGUUAUAUUAUGGUAUCAUUUAUUGAUCCAUAG